AUAAACAGGUAUCUGUUAACAAAAAAGCAUUUCACAAGAAAGAACAAAGGGAGAAAUUCAUUUGGGAAGCGUCUGAGGAUUUAAGCACCAAAUGUUCUAAUACUAUUGGUGAGCCAGGCUCAAAUUCUUUAGAUGUUUGCCUAAAGCAAUCAGUACGAAGCUAUGAUUCCUCAGCAGUAAAAAUGGAGACAACAUUUUUUCUUUUGUAUAAGAAACUUCUCAAUGCUGAGGACUUUGCUGAUUGUGCGAUCCAAGAGGCCAUUAUAUGUUACUCGUCUGAAAAACAAGUUAAUCCGGAAUCCAAUGCUGUCAGUAGAAUUUUAAAUAUAGAAGUUAGAGCUCAGCUUCUUGCAGAUACUUCUGAUGCACUUUUAUGGAAAAGAAUCGAGCAGGCCAAGAAACUCUAG